GCGCGCUGUAGACGCGGCAGCAUUAAACGGUUGCAGGCGCAGUGCGCGAGCGGUCGUCGGCAGAGUUUGGUCCUCGUCGCCCUGUCCCUUGAGGAACUAAGGACGCCAAAGCCCUCUCCUUUCUCCUCCCGCCCGUCUUGCGAGCGACUCCGUCACCAUGUUCGAGGCGCGCCUGGUCCAGGGCUCUAUCCUGAAGAAGGUGCUGGAGGCGCUCAAGGACCUCAUCAACGAGGCCUGCUGGGACAUCAGCUCGGGCGGCGUGAACCUGCAGAGCAUGGACUCGUCGCACGUCUCCUUGGUGCAGCUCACCCUGCGCUCCGAAGGCUUCGACACCUACCGCUGCGACCGUAACCUGGCCAUGGGCGUGAACCUCACCAGCAUGUCCAAAAUAUUAAAGUGUGCUGGCAAUGAAGACAUCAUUACACUAAGGGCUGAAGAUAACGCCGAUACUUUGGCACUAGUAUUUGAAGCACCAAAUCAAGAGAAAGUUUCAGACUAUGAAAUGAAGUUAAUGGACUUAGAUGUUGAGCAACUUGGAAUUCCAGAACAAGAGUAUAGCUGUGUCGUCAAGAUGCCUUCUGGUGAAUUUGCACGUAUAUGCCGAGAUCUCAGCCAUAUUGGAGAUGCUGUUGUAAUAUCCUGUGCAAAAGAUGGAGUGAAGUUUUCUGCAAGUGGAGAACUUGGAAAUGGAAACAUCAAGUUGUCACAAACAAGUAAUGUUGAUAAAGAGGAUGAAGCUGUUACCAUAGAAAUGAAUGAGCCAGUUCAGCUAACGUUUGCACUGCGGUACCUGAACUUUUUUACAAAAGCCACUCCACUUUCUCCUACAGUAACACUCAGUAUGUCUGCAGAUGUCCCCCUUGUUGUGGAGUAUAAAAUUGCUGACAUGGGACACUUAAAGUACUACUUGGCUCCCAAGAUUGAAGAUGAAGAAGGAUCUUAGAUGUUGAUAGAACUGAGGAAACAGCCUUUGAAGAACUGCUUCUGAGAUGCCAGCACGUUCUGAGGUCUUCUGUCACCAAAUCUGUACCUUUGGGUACAUGUGUAGAUAAUGUUUUCUGUAAAUAACCUGUUUUUUUUUCUUUACGUUUCCUACAAUUUGUCAACUGAUCUUGAUAACAUAUUUCUGCCUUAAAAAUAUUCUUGAUUUUUAUAACAAACUUCUUGACUUAUAUACAUCUCAAGAAAUCUUUCUCAAUUUAAAUAAAGUUUACUGAAGUCUCA